AUGGACUCUUCAUUGAAUAUUGCCAUUAUUGGUGGUGGAGUCAUUGGAUGUCAAGUCGCUCUCGGCCUCAUCAAAAGGAACUUGAAUGUAACCGUGUUUGAGCAAGCAACCGAGCUUCGUGAACUGGGCGUUGCUUUUGGCUUCGUUACCCCAAUCGUGGAAAUCAUACACAAUAUUGAUCCACGCAUAGGUUCUGCUCUAUCCAAGAUCGGGAGCCUGAACAAGCAGCCCUUUCGAUGGGUAGACGGAUACAGUACUGAGGAUAUCCGGCUACGGCCCAACGAUCAGUUACCUGAUGCCGUGUUUGAAGGCCCAGAGGUACUUGUGUGCCGUCGAUCCAACUUUUUGGAGGAAAUGGUAUCUCUUUUACCCGACGCUUGCUUGCGACUUGGAAAACGACUUGAGAAACUCGAGCAACACGCUGAUUCUGGCAACGUCAAAUUGACUUUCUCAGAUGGCACGACUGAGGUCUUUGACGCAGUCAUUGGCUGUGAUGGUAUCAAGUCGAAUGUGCGGAAAGAGAUUGUGGGAGCAGAUGAUCCCGCUGCAUUGCCACAUUUUGCUCUUGAGAGUGCAUACCGAUGCUUGAUUGACAUGGACAAGGCAUCCUCGGCACUUGGACCAUUGGCCAAGACACCCAUGAUAUGGGUCGGCCCGGGGGCGCACCUUGUCUCCUACCCUGUCGUCGAAAAGUAUCUGAAUGUAGCAGCAUUCAUUCGACAAAAUGAGUGGCCCCACCAAGCUCAAGUCGCCGAAGGUUCGCGGGAGGAUGUCACUCAGGCCUUCUCAACCUGGGGCCCUGCAGUACGAGCAUUGGUUGAUACUCUACCCGAACAGUUGAGCAGAUGGGCCAUGUUCGAUACUCUAGACAAUCCACUGCCUUCGUACGUGCGCGGAACAGUAGCCGUUGCAGGAGACGCAGCUCAUGGCUCCACGCCCCAUUUUGGGAUGGGCGCUGGUAUGGGCGUAGAAGAUGCCUUGGUUCUAGUCUCUGUUCUUGAGCGUGUGCAAGAGGCUCUCAAAGCGAAUUCGAACUUGAACAAGCAAAAGACUCUUGAAAAGGCAUUCCGAGUUUAUGACUCAGCGCGACGAGAGCGGUCUCAGUCUCUUGUGGCAAUUAGUCGACGACAAGGCGAAAUGUAUAAAGUGGAAAUUGACGAGGCUGGGCGUGAUUGGAAGAAGUUUGUAGAUGAUACUCAGAAGCGUGUGUACCCGAUUUAUAACUUUGACUGGCAGGGUAUGGUUACUAAAGCGGUGGAUGAAUUGAACUCUGAUCUUUAA